GUGUGUGUGUGUGUGUACUUUAGUGUGGGCCGAUUCACGCUUUCCGCGUGCCCAAGCCGAGCCGUUGGAGCCGGAUAUGUUGUUUUUCCUAUUUAUAGGGCAACACAACAACUCCGAAAACUCACACGCAAAUUUUGAGUACGCACAAAGAACGUGAAAACUACACAAAAAGGAAGAGGUGAAGCGUGAGAAUUCGUGGCGCAUUUUUUAUCGGUAACGACGAAAAAAUGGUGAUGAUAGAUCAGUAUAUUUUUGGAUGUUUCGCCGCUUCGCUGUUUGGAUUCGCUUUGCUCUACAACUUGCGCCGGAAGAUAAGGCGGAAUAGAGGCUCCAAGGCUGCCGGAAAGGAUGAAUGCAUUAAGACUUCCGCCGCCGUCAGCGCUGGAUUGAGGCAGGAUACCGGCGACGACGCCGACAUUAUCAUUGUCGGUGCCGGUGUUGCGGGGGCGGCGCUGGCUUAUACCCUCGGCAAGGAUGGACGUCGAGUUCAUGUCAUUGAAAGAGACUUGACCGAGCCAGAUCGCAUCGUUGGCGAACUUCUCCAGCCUGGCGGUUAUUUGAAGUUGAUUGAGUUAGGUCUUGAAGAUUGUGUGAGAGAAAUCGAUGCUCAACAAGUAUUUGGAUAUGCCCUUUACAAGGAGGGUAAAGACACCAAGUUAUCUUACCCCUUAGAGAGAUUCGAUGCCGACGUCGCCGGCAGAAGCUUUCACAAUGGCCGGUUCAUCCAAAGGAUGAGAGAGAAGGCUGCAACACUUCAAAAUGUAAGGCUUGAACAAGGCACAGUAACGUCGUUGCUUGAAGAAGAGGGAAUUGUUAGAGGUGUGCAAUACAAGACCAAGAAAGGCGAAGAGAUCACAACUUAUGCUCCUCUUACCAUUGUUUGCGAUGGAUGUUUUUCGAACUUGAGGCGCUCUCUCUGUUCUCCUCAGGUAGAGAACCCCUCUUGUUUCGUCGGUCUGAUCCUGGAAAACUGUGAUCUCCCACAUGCUAAUCAUGGACAUGUUGUUCUUGGCGAUCCUUCACCUAUCCUGUUUUAUCCCAUCAGCAGUACAGAGAUACGCUGUUUGGUUGACGUUCCCGGGCAGAAGGUUCCAUCCAUUUCCAAUGGUGAUAUGGCCCAUUAUCUGAAAACUGUGGUGGCUCCUCAGGUUCCUCCUCAGCUGCAUAAUUCAUUUAUAGCUGCAAUCGAGAAAGGAAAUAUAAGGACCAUGCCAAACAGAAGCAUGCCAGCAAAUCCUCUUCCCACCCCUGGCGCUCUUUUGUUGGGGGAUGCAUUCAACAUGCGCCACCCUUUAACCGGUGGAGGAAUGACCGUGGCUCUGUCUGAUAUUGUUCUCCUUCGCAAUCUUCUUAGGCCUAUUGACAAUUUAAAUGAUGGAUCCACACUCUGCCAAUAUCUCGAAUCCUUCUACACUCUAAGAAAGCCAGUGGCAUCUACCAUCAACACAUUGGCCGGAGCGCUCUACAAAGUUUUCUGUGCUUCACCUGAUCCAGCAAGGAAGGAAAUGCGUGAGGCUUGUUUCGACUACCUGAGCCUAGGAGGCAUCUUCUCAGAAGGCCCAAUCUCCUUACUUUCUGGAUUGAACCCACGCCCAUUGAGCCUCUUUCUCCACUUCUUCGCCGUGGCUGUCUAUGGAGUAGGUCGUUUACUACUUCCAUACCCUUCACCAAGCAAGGUUUGGUUGGGAGCGAGAUUGCUUUCGGGUGCAUCUGGAAUCAUUUUCCCAAUUAUAAAAGCAGAAGGCGUUCGACAAAUGUUCUUCCCUGCUACUGUGCCAGCGUACUACAGAGCAGCCCCUGUUAAGUAGAAGAUAAACGGCCAAAUUAUCAUAUUCAUUAUUUUGUUCUUUGCUUUAGAAUGAAAAGAAAAAUAGUGUGUUGAUUUGCCUGAAGAAAUACUAGUACUAUAGCUCUGUAUGUUGUCUCACUCAAAGAAGCAGAAGUGCAACACCAAUACAAUAAGCUAGAAGUGCCAACACAAUAUUAUUACAGUGUAAAGCAUUUACCAAAACGUAGAUCUAAAUUUCUACUAAUCGGGAGUAAAUCUUCAUAUCAACUUGUAUUAUAUAUACUCUCUUAUUGGGAAUAAAUUUGUUCAAUACUAUUUGUUA